CCCAGCCAUGCCCGGCCCGGCCCGCUUCUGGGAGCUCCGGGCGGCGCUGCUCUGCGCCUUGCUGUGCGCGCGAGGCUUGGUCCCCAGCCAGGCAGGGGAAUGUAAAGAUCUGGAGUCAUGUAAGCAGUGCACUGAAGGUUCUCCUUCCCAGAAUAUUACAAACUGCAUUUGGAAAUACUGUCAGGAGUCUCAUGAGAAGCCAGGUACGGGGAGCUGCGUAAAGAAUGGAGAAGCGUUGAAGGAGAAAUGUUCAUUUUUCAACACUACUGUCAGCUGUGAAGAACUAAAGCUAACUACCACAGCGCAUCCCCACCCAACGACAAAGGAGCCUCCGCAACCAUCUUCCAAGCAGCCUAAGAUUCCCACACAUGGUUCCACCACCGGCCCACCCAAAACUCUCCCACCCGAAUUCUACCCGCCUGGCUUCGACUCUGCCAGCUUCAUUGGAGGGAUCGUCCUGGUGCUCAGCAUCCAAGCCGUCGCCUUCUUUGUGGUGAAGUUCCUCCGGUCAAAGGACAACACUUAUCAGACACUAGACAUGGGAUAAUGCAGGUAGCAAAACAUUCUUUCCUUCUGAUGGAAGAAUUUAUCUUUGGAGACUCUCCUUAACUUGUUCUCUCUUGCUCUGGGUGAAGAAGUAUAUGGACAAUUUUGAACCAAACAGAGGUCAUCUUUUGAUGAAUUUGUGUACAUGUGUUAAAAACACACCAUCAUCUUAUUCUGCUGUCUUUAGAAAUUGUGGACCUUCCUUGCCCCAAAUCAAGAAUGUAGAGUGCGAACUGUUCAGAGAUGGCCUCUGUAUCCUAGUUGACCUGAAUGUAGGGUUCCUGACUUGAGGAGCACAGUCUACGAAGAAGCUGACAUUUUUGCUACCAAAAAUCAUGGAAAAGAGGUGAAUUGAUCAGUGAAUGGAGCAGCCACUGCCUGCUGCCCACCCUCCAAAGAGGAAAUGAAUAGAGAAAUGGGAAAUAAAUAAUA